AUCAAAGCGUGAAGUGACUUAUUUGACUUAUUGCAAAAUUUUUAAUCUCGUUGCACAAUAUUAUCGAGUGGUAAAGCAACCAAGACAAUUAUUAAAGUAUUAUAUUGUGUAUCACUUAAGCAAUAACAUGUAAAACGUGGACAUUAUAUUUCAAGAUCAACAAUCUGAGCCGAUAAUGGCGCUGAAGCCCGAGGCAGUAAAAACUAAAAUCGUGAAAGUCUAUGAGAUCGACGAAUUUCAAAAACUCCUAAAAGGUGUUCAUGUGGCAGCAUGUAUGAUAACAGAAUCACAUAAUGUCAUUGAUGAACAGAGUGUCUUGCGUCGACUUAAUGCUUUAACCUUAAAUGGUGCUUCUGAUGGUAAUUGUUGUUCGUGUUGCGGAGUGGGUCCAUUCGAGACCCGUGCGCAGCAGACGGCUCAUUAUAAGCAUCACUGGCACACUUUUAACUUGAAGAGAAAACUAUUCGGAAAAUCUCCAUUAUCCAUUGGCCAGUAUAAUUCUCGGAAAGAUGAAUCAAGCAGUGAGUCUGAGGAAGAAGUGGAGGACAGUAAGAGACCUCCGAGUGACCUAUUUGCUGCAGCAACAAGACAUUGCAAGGCAUUCUUCACUAAUCAUUAUGGGCAGGUCUUCUGUAUUUAUAGAUGUAUCCUACAUCAUAAGAAGGAAGAAUUAUCAACGGAUGGUGAUGGCAGUGCCUGGGUAGAACGUGUGGAGCAGCUAUUGAUCCCAGGCUAUCAAAGAUGGGCAGUCCUGAUGGUCUCGGGCGGCAGAUUUGCUGGGGCAGUUUUCAGUGGUGGCACUAUAGUUCUACACAAGACAUUUCAUUCAUAUGUCACAAGGAGAGGGCAAGGUCAAGCCCAGGCUACAAGAGAUGCUCAUCAUGGACACGCGAGGUCUGCCGGUGCUAGCCUUAGAAGAUAUAACCAGGCACAGUUUCUAGAGCAUAUCCAAGAUAUUGUAAGUCAAUGGACAGAAGACUUCAAAGGUUGUUCUCUAAUAUUAUAUCGGGCUGUAGGAUCUUUAAAUCAAGCUGCUAUAUUUGGGAAGAACUCCCCUAUAAAGAAAGAUGAUCCAAGACUUAGAGUGCUACCUUUCCCUACUAGAAAACCUACAUUUAAAGAAGUUCAGCGGGUUCAUUCUACACUUGCUAGUCUAGAGGUUUACGAUUCGUUGGAGUUGUUCCAAAAAGCACUGAUAACAUCGACAGCUAAACCAGCAAAUAAAGCUACACUGGAUCUUGGUAAUGAAAAUAUUAAGAAAACAGCAAAGAAAAGUCCUAGUAAAACUAUUGAUAGAGCAAAAUCAAGAGAACGCAUUCCCAGAGAGCUACCAACUCAGUUGAUGUCGAGCGAAGACGAAGGUCCCUGCUUCAUAGACUCUGAGACACCUGUAGGUUGGAUCAAAACACUAUCGGAACAAAAAACCAGUGGGAUUAUUAUUAAUUCUAAAAAAGUUGUCCUAAACGAUUGUGCUAUUCAAGAUAGGUCAACACCUAGUCCCUGCGAGAGCGAGAAGGAAGAUUUAAAACAGGAAGUAAAAGAAAAAUAUGACACCGAUAGGAGGAAAAAGAUAAAAGAUCUUGCUGUUCUUAACAAGCCCAGUCAAAAGAUUCCUAAUAAUAUUAAGAAGAUGUGGAAAAUGAUAAUAGGAAAUGAAUUGAAAUCACUGGAGACGAUAUUCGAAGGCUGGGAGGAAGAGAAUCUGGCGGAGGCUUGUAACACUCGCGAUCCUAGCGACGGCAACACUGCGCUACACAAAGCCGCCAUUGCUGCGAAACCAGAUAUGGUCACUGAGAUCCUGACUGCCGGUGGAGAUCCGUGCAUCAGGAACAAUCAGCUGCAGACCCCGUACGCGGCCUCGCCACACCAGGAGACACGGCUCGCCUUCAGAAUGUUCCAGGCUCAGUUUCCUGACAAAUACAAUUAUGCUAAGUCGCACAUUCCCGGCCCGGUGACUCCCGAGACUCUGGAACAAGAGAAAGAGAGGAAACUACAACAGAAACGAGCUAAGAGACAACGAGACAAGGAGAAGCAAUUAGAGAAGAUUAAAACCAACAAGUUCCUGCAGAUGACCGAUACCGAAAAGGCGAAGUCAUCGGAGAAGCGUUGUUUUCUUUGUGGCUCAAAUCUCCCGAAGAAACCGUUCGAGUACGAAGUGUACAGAUUCUGCGCAGUGCAAUGUCUCCAGAACCACAGAAACAUUCGACCUCUAAACAUGAGCGCGUGACUGGAAAAGUGCCUUAAA